CAUCUCUUUUUUUCUCUUUCAGGCAUUGGCGUUUGUAGGCGGUGACCUGCCCCUUCUUUGGCCUUGCCAAGAGUCUCAUCCCUGCCUGGGGGCACCUCUGGCCCUGGACUUGCCUGGGCAGAGGCAGCGUGAAGGACGUGAACAGGAGAAGAAGGGCCUUCCUAGUAGAGGCACAGCAUGGACAAAGGCUCACGGGGUGGGGGUGCCCAGGGAUGGAGUCCUGGCUUGGGAAGGAAGGUCUGAGUUCCCUGGGAACUGAGAUCUGCUGGCAGCACUGUGAGAGGUGAAUUUCCCCCUUCUAAUGUCAGAGGAAACUGAGGCUUCGGGGGGGGGGGUUGCCCUUGAUACACAGAUAGGAGGAGGAGGAACUGCGUGUGCCCCUGGGCCUGCAGGCCCCCACACCCCUCCCCAGUCUUCUCCAAGACCUGGCAUGGUGGGAGGAGGGAAGGGGAAGUGGAGAGGGAAGCAUAGGGCUCCUGGGGCACCAAGGGAGAAAGGGGCCUAGGGUAUGGAAUCUGGGGAUCUCACUUUCUUUGGAGCAGUACAGAAGGUCACAGGGAAGAUCAGGAGGACAGACAGCCGAGAUGGGAGACAGAAGAGAUGGGCCCCAGGACCCCUGGGGAGCCAAGCUCUCCCCCACAGCCUAACCUCCCCACCCCACCUGGAGCUUCACCAAGGGCUCCUCAGCAGUGCAGUGGCACAAGCCUCCCAGUUUGGUGGGCAAGUGGGGGUGAUCUUGGUGUUGUGGCUCCUGGAGACACACAUAACCAGGAGGGUGAAAGGAUAAACUUGGGGUAUGCUGGGGCUGAGACCCAUGGCAUGACCCCAAUUCUCUCUCCUCAAGUUCGACCCCCCAUCCCCAGGAUCACACAGGAGAAUCUCAUCUCACGGCUUGGAUUGGUCCUGGGGGCCCCCGGGUGUGCUGCUAGCCGGUGUACAAUGGUCAGGAGCAGCCCAGAGGGGAGCCAGGAAGAGACCCUCGCCCUCACCCUCUUUCCCCAUUUCCCCAUCUCUUGCACUGGUACCCCGAGGGCCACGUUCUCAGUUCCUGGGACUGAAAACUGCAGCAGUCUGGCCAGCUCCAGGGACAGAGUGGCCCAGCCACCUACCAUGUACCCUCCUCAGCUGCCCACUGGACUCAGGUCCUGCAUGAAGCUGUCCUCCUGCCUCACCCCAGAAGAGGCUGGACAGUGACUGCCUUGUGCCCCUUGCAGUCUUCCACAUCCAGGGCCUGAUGACGUGCCUCCUUGUCCCAAGUUUCAUGGGAACCCCUGACCCUGCUGGCCCCUCUCAUCUACCCCAACCCUGUCCACCCUGGACCACCUCCGGGGGCCUGUCAGCCUGCUGGUCCCCCCAACAGAUCUUUGGGGGCAGCCUCUAUAGGACAAGAGUGACACAGGGCUAGAGGAGUGAGGAGCCUCCUUUUGUCUGAUGCACAGAUGUGGCCCUUUCAAACCCUGGUGUCACCCUCUGGGUGACUGGAUCCCCAGCUCCACCCUCUUCCUGGGCCAGCCAGGAAGGAUGGAGGAAAGCUCUUUGCUGAGUGCAUGUGUGGGAGUGUGGGGGGUGACUGAGCCCUCCCAUGCAAGGGGCUCGGCCUGGGACCCUGGAACCUGCUUCCCUACUGGGAGAAAUGUGCAUCAGAGCUGCAGGGGUCCCUACCCUAAGAGACCCCCAACUGCAGGGAGCCCCACCCCGUAAGAGGGGCACGGAAGUCCAUGUCCGCCCACCCCCGGUGGCUCCUGGUGUGGCUGUAUUGGCCUAGAGGGGCUGGCUGGGGAGGGGCAGGGCCAAGCCCUCAGCAUCUGCUCCUGUCCCUGCUUUUUCACGCCUGCUGCCUGAAGUGGUAGCUCCGCCUGCUGCUUCUCCACCUCCUCUCCCCACCUCUUCUCUCCCCGAUGGGGCCCUUGCUGCGUGAUGGGGUCUCCAUGCACUUUAUUUAUUUGCAGUCUGUUUUCCAGGCAGUGGAGCUUCUAGACACCGACCGGAAUGACAUACUUUUCUGUGUGUGAUUCACUGUGUACUGGUCAGCACAGGCUGGCCAGAGACAUGUUCUUGUUUCUGGUGUUGUCACGUCUUCUUGUUUUCUCUAAGUUAAAAAAGAAAAAAAAAAAGUCCUUGGUUUAAUACACUAAAAUCCCAA